AAACAUAUUGAAGUCCAAAUUUUAUAAUAAAUAUCAACGAUAAAUGUGCGUGUAGGCUUCGUCAUUUAGAACUGUAAUACAUUUAUGUAUGCAUAAAUUACUUUUUUCUAUAAGAAUUGGUGAGUAACAGUUUCGUUAUAUUCAAUCUCGCAGGGAUUCUUUAAGACAUUUCCAAUAAAAAAAUGUUAUUUAUAGAAUGGAACUUAAGAAAGUCACAAUAUCUGCUACUCGAAUAAAAAUUAAAUUAUUUCCAAAGAUUGAUAACAAUUCAAAGUAAUUCGUUUUUCAGAGGUUAAGUGUUAGGUACCUACUUUAACCACAUAAUUAACCAAACAGUCUAAAAUCCAAUCCUCAUUUUGUUUUGAUUUAUAAACAGGGGCGCUCAACGUUCCUCGGUAGUUAUGUAAAUUGACCAUAUUACUUCAUAACGAGGAAUUUGAACGUCAAUCAUUUUAUUUUGAAUAUUAAAUGAGCGUUGUUCGUGACGUGAUCGCGAUACUCUGUAAUUAUUAAAAAAUAAACAUAAUAUUUACUAAUCCAUGCAUCUGAAAAUUUGCCAAUACAUGUUUCACAACCUGAUCAAUCCUAUCGGGUUCAAAUAUAAAAGGAAAGGAGAGAUAGUUUUUAUCAGUCUUACAACAAACUUUGUCAGAGUGAAAAAGGUAUCAACUUUGAAAGUGAAACAUGUACGAAAAAAUCGUUAAAACGGACCUCGGGGCAGACGUUAAAAUAAUUGAUUUGAGAACGGAUACAAUAAGCAGACCUACUCAAGAAAUGAAAGAGGCCAUGUACAUCGCAGAAGUUGGGGAUGAUGUUUAUGGAGAAGAUCCAACAGUUACCGAACUGGAAAGAAGAAGUGCAGAACUCUUGGGUAAAGAAGAUGCUCUAUUUGUUGCUAGUGGAACUAUGGCCAACCUGAUUGCCAUUAUGGUUCACUGUUCUCAGAGAGGUUGUGAAAUUAUUUCAGGAGAUAAAGCUCAUACUUACCGUUUGGAACAAGGUGGCACAGCUCAAAUUGCAGGAGUUCAAACUGCUCCCGUCAAGAACAAAGAUGAUGGAACUUUUAGCCUUGAUGAGUUGAGGGAAAAAAUAAGAAAAAAUCCAGAUAUGCACGAACCUAUAACUUCUCUAAUUAUUGUUGAAAAGAAAAUUGAGAAAAGAACUGGGCCUUCCAUAAAACCCGAAAGUUUAACUCAUACUGUAAUUUUCAGAUCCCGGCGAAUAAGAAAGGUAUUAGGAGGCGGUUGGAGGCAAGCUGGUGUUUUGGCUGCAGCUGGAUUAGUUGCAUUAGAUACGAUGAUUGAUAGGUUGAGAAUCGAUCAUGACCAUGCAUUCAAAAUAGCAAAAGGUGGCGAGCAAUUUAUUGGCAUCCCAAACUAUAUCAAAAAUAUAUAUCAAACAUCCAACAAAUAAUCUAUACAAGAACAA